AUGGAAGAAUCCAACAAAACAGGAAUGACAUAUUUCAUCAUUAAAGGGAUUUCUGAUGUCCCAGAAUUACAGCUUCCCAUUUUUUUGUUGGUUCUGCUGAUUUAUCUCUUUAUUCUAGGAGGUAAUAUGACCAUUUUUUUAUUGAUCUGUAUGGAUCGUCAUCUUCACACUCCAAUGUACUUCUUCCUGGCCAACCUGUCCAUUCUCGAUGUUUCUUGUUCUACAAUAACUCUUCACAAACCUCUUAUUACAUUCCUCACUGGCAAUACAUUGGUUUCCUUUGUUGGUUGUGUGAUGCAGAUGUUUUUCUUCUUAUCUUUUACAUGUAAUGAGCUGCUAAUUCUGACAGCAAUGGGUUAUGACCGCUAUGUGGCUAUCUGUCACCCUUUACAUUACCAGGUAAUUAUGAACCACAAAGUCUGCUGUGGUCUGGCUGGUGUCUGUUGGGUUUUGGGUGCAUUAGAUAUCAUGCCUUGUGCUUGGAAAGUGUCAUCCAUUAGUUGUUACACAUCAUUGGAGGUCAACCAUUUCUUCUGUGACCUUGUACCAAUAAUGAAGCUGUCCUGCAGUGACACCUCUGCUUUGCAACUUUAUGUGAUUAUUGAAGGAGUGAUUCUGGAAUCUUUUGUUCCAUUUGUUCUCACUUUUAUAUCAUAUGUUUUCAUUAUAAGGAGCAUACUGAAAAUACGUUCUAGCAAGGGGAGGUGGAAAGCUUUCUACACAUGUUCCUCACAUCUCACAAUCAUUGUCCUUCUUUAUGGCACCUUGUCUUACCAAUACUUCAGACCAGUUGAAUAUAUUACACUGGGUUCCAAUAAACUUUCUUCCCUGUUUAAUACCACAUGUGUCCCAAUUUUAAAUCCCCUGAUUUACAGCUUGAAGAAUAAAGAUGUCCAUUCAGCUUUAAAGAGAAAGUUGAAGAAAAUGUCCAGACUAAUAGAAAGGAAAUAA